GCAGUCCUUGAAAUUUGUUUUAUGUGGGAAUUGAAGGACAAAUCCUGAUCAAAUAUAACUAGGUUCCUUACAGCUACAUUUGCAUAUGACUUGCAUGCAAUUUGAAAGUGUGUUAUUUAUACACAUAUUUGUGAGACUGGGUUAGUACUUUAUGUUCUGUCACAUGUUUUAAUAUGGUCCAGGGUUUAAGCAAGGAGGACCAGCUGAAAAAGGAGAUGGCUGAAAAGGAAGUGAAGAAGUUGAAAGAGGAGGAGAAGACCAAGGAGAAUGAAUUAAAUACCACACACGAGCAGAUUGAAGAAAAACAAGCUGAAUUCCAGAAGCUCUGUGAUGAUGUUCAGAUGUCAAAAAACAACCUGCAGAGGCUGAUGGAGAAGCUGGGGACCAACAAGAAGGAUGCUUAUCUGAAGGUCAUUGAGUUGAAGUGCACAGAGCUGCAGCAGACCCAAGACCAACUGAAAAACACAUCAGCAGAGCUCAGGAACCUGGAGAAAGAGCUUGAGAAAAGCAAACUUAAAGUGCUUGAACUUCAGAAUUCAAAUAAACCAUCUCAAGAGCAUGACAACCCCACCGUGACCUGUCAGGGCUCGGUCAGGGGACCUGUUAUUGUUGAGUUUGACCAGGACAGAAAAUAUGUCCAUCUCAGAAACUUCUCCAAUGAGGAACAACCAAUGGGAUGCUGGGAGUUACAAAUACAAGUUGACGACGAACAACCCAUCAUAUACACAUUUCUGCCGUCCUUCACACUCAAGGCUGAACAGACUGUCACUAUCUGGCCUUCAAAUAGUGAUGUUGAUCACAAUCCCCCCACAAACUUGGUAUUGUGGAAAUCCUGGGACCCUGCAGACAAACUACUGGCCACCCUCCUCUGCAGCUCUGGACAGGAAAUGGCCAAUACCAAAGUGAAUGUCACCAUAGAAGCAAACUGUGAUCACUACAGCUAAACUCAGCGGAAUUCAUCACACUUGAAAACAACAAUUAUUAUACAUCUUCAAUCAUCAAUAGCACAGCUUGUAUCUCCCUAUAGAAACCAUUAUUGUUUUACUACUACUGCACAUUUGACACCAAUCUAUAGUGAUCAAAGUUCAAAUAUGGAACUAUUAAAUUCAACCCAAAAUCAAAAUUUAGGCUAAUGCAACUCAAGAAAUGUUUUGUGUGUAUGUAUGUAUGUAUGUAUGUAUGGAUAGAUGGAUGGAUGGAUAAGAAGCUGGAUAACUAAUAUUUGAAUUUGACCCUGUAACACUCCAAGAGUCCAGACGCUCAAUAUUUUAUCAAGAAAAUUCAAUUAUUUUCAAACAUGUUUUUAUAAAAAGAAAUUUGACCUUUGAAAUGCAGCUUUACAACAUAUAGAUAAAUAUCUCUUUUUUUAAUAGGGUGAUAUUGUUACAUUAACACUGAAACAUGUUCUACUCAGAUAAAGUAAUAUAUUUGCUUGUUUCAUGAAGUUGCUUAAAUAUUAAAUAUAUUUUUUUUUGAACACUGGGGUUCUAAAUUGUACCUUAUCCUCAGAAAAUCGUGAAAAAAAAAUUGUGUUUUUCAAUGGUGCAUUCAUGUAGAUAUAGGGAUGAAGGCGAUAACAGUCCAGGAAAUCAAGAAUAAGUUGCACUGUUCGUAUUGUUUAACUGAUAUGUCAUUCUAACAUUGUGGGGUACAGUAUGACUGGUCAGCAAAACUCAAAGUUUUGUGGAUGACGGGAUGAUGAGUUCUGUACCACUUCAUAAAUCUGCUGAUUUAUUUCACAAUGACCACCUGAUAUUUGACAUUAAUGGUUGGAUUGUCGAUUUUGUUUUGUUGGAAUGUGUAUAUAAUGUUUUGUGUAUAUGUGUAAGUUCAUUAAAAAAUUCAUUCAAGUCA